AUGAGAUCAACAUCACCUUCAAUUCUUUCAAAUUCUACUUCUCAAGCUCUUGCAUCAUCAACAAUAAUUGCUAAUAAUUUACUUGUUCAAGUAUCCCCUCCUAUGUCACAUUCUACUAUUGAACGACCUCCACCAACACCAAUUAAACCAGUAUCUCAUUUUCAAAAACUUUUACAUCAUUUUAAUGGAAAUAAAUCAAUUAAUAAUUCAUUUACACGUGGAACACUACUAACAUCAAGUCAACAACGAUCGACAAUUAAAACAAAUGGUUCAAUGACAACAAUAAUAAAGAAUAUUAAUAAUAAUAAUAAUAAUAAUAAAUGUUCUGAACAAUUAUCUCCAAAACAACAAUCAGAAGAACCAUUACCACCUCCACCACCACCAGAAAUGGCUCAUGAACAAUUACUUGAUAUAUUAUUUCAAGGUAAUCGUACACGUAUUUCAUCAAUAUCUCCAUCAGUAUCAACAUCAUCAGCUACAACACAUACAUCAAUUCAACGAUUGAUGAUGAAUAAAAAGAAACAACAACAGCAACAACAACAACAGGUACAAAUUAAUCCAGCAAAUAUUUCACCAAGUAUGUCCAAUUCUGAUCUUUCAUUUUCACCAUCCGGUAUCAAUAUUUUAUCACCAAGUAUUGAAACAUUUUCUGGUUAUGAAAUUGGUCCAAUGAGUAAAUCAAUUCCUAAUACAAUGGUAGAAUCUCAAACAUGGUCAUCACCACGUUAUAUAACAACUCCAUCAUCAUCGUCACCAUCGAAUCAUACAUGUCAUUGUAGUUCAAAUUUAAAUAAUGAAUUAAAUUCAAUAAAUGAUGAAGAAAAAUUUUUUAUUCAACGUGAUUGGAUUUAUGAUGAAAUAUUUAAAUUAUUAAAAGGAACAACGAAACCUGGCCUUGUUUUAUUAAGUCAUACACCAGGAAUGGGUAAAACAUGGCUAAUGAAAAAUUUAUUACGAACAACAGCUAUAACAUCACCAAAAACAACAUCAGUUAUUAUUCGAAAUGAAAAAUGUAUGACUAUAACAUCAAUAAUUCGAGUAAAUUCAACAAGAAAAACUGCUUAUGAAUGGUUAAAAUCUCAUAUAUUAUCAUCACAUUUUUGUGAUUGUUCACAAACAGAUACUUGUUCACUGCCAGAUAUUAUACAUUCAAUUAUUUAUCGUGCACUUGAACAUCCACUUUUACAUGCUUAUCGUGAUGUUAUUUUACGUGAACAACAUACACGUAAAGCAAUAACAUUAAAUGCAUGUAUACAAAAUGUUGAACAUGCAUUUUUUACUGCUUUUCUUGAUCAAUUAAAUCAAUUAAAACUUCUUGGUCAUUUACAAGAAUUAUUUUCUAUAACAAAUCAUAUUUAUUUAAUAAUUGAUGGUAUUAAUAAUGAAUUAUGUGAUACAGAAGGACAAACAAUAACAGAAUUUUUAUUUACUAAUCUUCAUCGUAUACCAUCAUGGUUAAAAUUAAUAAUAACAAUGAAUCGUUUAGAUGAUAAUCAACAUCAAAUAGAACAAAAUACAUUUCUACAAAAUUUUGCUAUAUUAGAUAUUGAAGAUGAAUUAAGAUUUUCCAAUUAUUUACAUACUGAUAUUCGAAAAUAUCUAUCAAAAAGAUUAGAGGUUGUGAAAACAAUUGCUCUUCGUGAAAUAUGGUUUUUUGGUCUUCAAUAUACAGAUUCAAAAGAUUUUCCAUGUUGGCUUAAAUUAAAUAAAAAAGUUUUAGGUCAAGAUAUUAAAAAAAAUUCAUCACAACCAUUAACAUUUAAAUUUCGUGCUCGUUUCUUUCCCGAAGAAGUAUCUGAAGAACUUAUUCAAGAAAUAACACAGAAAUUAUUUUUUCUUCAAGUAAAAGAAUCAAUUCUUACUGAUGAAAUUUAUUGCCCACCGGAAACAUGUGUUUUACUUGCUUCAUAUGCAAUGCAAUCUAAACAUGGAGAUUUUAAUGAGGAAACUCAUCGACCUGGAUCAUUAGUUAAUGAACGUCUUUUACCUAAACGUGUUAUGGAACAAUUUCAAUUAUCACCUGAAGAAUGGGAAAAGCGGGUUGUUAAUUGGUGGAAAGAACAUCGAGGAAUGCUCAAAGAAGAAGCAAUGCUUGAAUAUCUUAAAAUUGCUCAAGAUCUUGAAAUGUAUGGUGUUAAUUAUUUUGAGAUACGCAAUAAAAAAGGUACUGAACUCUAUCUUGGUGUUGAUGCACUUGGUCUUAAUAUAUAUGACAAGCAAGACAAGCUCACACCUAAAAUUGGUUUUCCAUGGAGUGAAAUACGAAAUAUAUCAUUUAAUGAUAAAAAAUUUGUUAUUAAACCAAUGGAAAAAAAAUCACCAGAUUUUAUUUUUUAUGCACCAAGACUUCGUAUAAAUCGAAGAAUAUUAUCACUUUGUAUGGGUAAUCAUGAAUUAUAUAUGCGUCGUCGAAAAACAGAUUCAAUCGAAGUACAACAAAUGAAAGCACAAGCUCAAGAAGAAAAAUUAGCUCGUCUUCAAGAACGUGAACGAAUUCAAGCUGAAAUUGAACGUCGUAAACAGGCUGAACAAGAACGUGAAGCAAUGAGAAGAAAAGUUGAAGAUCUUGAACGAAGUGCAGUAGAAGCUCGACGAGCUUUGGAAGAUCAAAGUCGCAUAACAAAAGAAUUAGAAGAAAAACGAAAACAAGCCGAAGAAGCUCAAUUACGUUUAAAACAAGAACGAGAAGAAGCCGAAAGGGAACAUGAACGAAUGGUGGAACGUGUUCGCUUUGAACAAGAAGAAAAGGAUAAAAUUGUACAAGAAAUUGAACAAGCUCGUCGAUUAGCUGAACAAAAAGCUCUAGAAGCUCAACAAAAAGAGAAUGAAGCACGAGAACUUGAAGAACAAUUACGUGAAGCUAAAAUGAGACAUCGUCAUUUCACACGAGGACAUUCUCGUCCUUGGGUACUUCAAGCUCAACAACAACCUAAUAAUCAUCAUUAUACGGAGCAUCCCGGCGAAUAUGGAAAUCCUAUGGAAGAUGAAGAAAGUGACGAAGAAGAAAAUAGUACAAAUCGUAAUGGACGAGGUGUUGAACUUCGUACAAAUGAAUAUGCUUCACGUCAUGAAGAAAAUCGUUUAACUGCAACAACAAAAGAUCAUAAUAUGAAACGAAAACUUGAGGAAGAACGAAAAGAUCUUCGACGACGACAAAGAAAAGCAGAGACACGAGAAGAUAAGAUAUAUCGGGAGAAUAUUAUUGACAAAGGUAUUAAUAAAUAUCAAACAUUAAAAAACAUUCGUCAAGGAACGGUUAAACGACGUAUUGAUGAAUUCGAAGCUAUGUGA